GUAACGCUUCUGUACAAGAAAACAAAACAAAAGCAGAAGCAAAUCUUAAAAACACAAAGAAAGAUAUUAUAAUCAAAGUUUCAUUUCCCGUUGAUCGUAGCUGGAGAACAGGAGGUCUAGGGUUCGGUGCUAGAUCCUCCUGAACUCUCUGUUCCUUGGUCAAAACCAAAACGAAUUAUGAGUCUAAUUCUGAGGGUUUCCAACACAUUCCCUUAGCGGAGGCAGCUCCUCCAUCAUUGCGCUCUCACAAUUCUUCAGUGGGUGCAAUUGAGUCGGAGCUGAAGAAGAAGGAGAAAAUGAAGGCAGGGAGCGCUGCCAAGUUGAUAGUGGACGCUCUGCUGCAGCGGUUCCUUCCGCUCGCUCGGAGACGCAUCGAAACUGCCCAAGCACAGGAUGGACAGUACCUCCGACCAUCGGACCCUGCCUAUGAGCAAGUUCUGGAUUCCUUAGCAAUGAUUGCACGUCAUACACCUGUACCUCUUCUAGAAGCUCUUCUCAGAUGGAGAGAAAGUGAGUCCCCAAAAGGAGCAAACGAUGCAUCUACAUUCCAAAGGAAGCUUGCAGUGGAGUGCAUUUUUUGCUCGGCAUGUAUUCGAUUUGUGGAGUGCUGUCCACAGGAGGGACUUAAUGAGAAGCUCUGGUCUGGGCUUGAGAAUUUUGUUUUUGACUGGCUAAUUAAUGCUGACAGAGUUGUUAGCCAGGUUGAAUAUCCCUCAUUGGUUGAUUUGCGAGGACUCCUUCUGGACCUAGUUGCUCAACUCUUAGGUGCCUUAUCUCGUAUCAGAUUUAGUUCUAUGACUGAGCGCUUUUUCAUGGAACUCAAUGCCCGUCGGAUUGACACUAGUGUUUCCCGAAGUGAAACACUUAGUAUCAUAAAUGGGAUGCGCUAUCUAAAGCUUGGGGUUAAGACAGAGGGUGGGCUGAAUGCAUCAGCCUCCUUUGUGGCAAAAGCAAACCCUCUCAACCGUUCUCCAAGCAAACGAAAAAGUGAGUUUCACCAUGCACUAUGCAAUAUGCUUUCAAACAUCCUAGCACCACUUGCAGAUGGUGGAAAAAGCCAGUGGCCUCCUUCAGGUGUAGAGGCUGCUCUUUCCCUGUGGUAUGAUGCUGUUGCACGAAUAAGAUUGCUUCUUAUUCCUUGGAUGGAAAAACAGAGCAAACAUAUCGCUGUUGGUUACCCUUUGGUCACUCUUCUUCUCUGUCUUGGCGAUCCUCAAGUAUUCCACAGCAACUUAAGCCCUCACAUGGAGCAACUCUACAAGCUUCUUAGAGACAAGAACCAUCGCUUCAUGGCCUUGGACUGUCUUCAUCGAGUUUUGAGGUUUUACUUGAGCGUUCAUGCAGCUAACCAGGCCCCAAAUCGUAUAUGGGACUACUUAGACAGUGUAACCUCACAACUUUUGACAGUUCUGAGGAAAGGAAUGCUUACUCAGGAUGUCCAACAUGAUAAACUUGUUGAAUUCUGUGUGACUAUAGCGGAACAUAACCUCGAUUUUGCCAUGAACCAUAUGAUAUUAGAAUUGCUGAAGCAAGAUAGUUCAAGCGAAGCAAAGGUCAUUGGUCUCCGUGCUUUGCUUGCCAUUGUUAUGUCGCCUUCAAGCAAGCAUGUUGGCUUGGAAAUAUUUAAAGGUCAUGAUAUUGGCCACUACAUUCCAAAAGUAAAGGCUGCAAUUGAGUUAAUUUUAAGGUCCUGUCAUAGAACCUAUAGUCAAGCUCUUCUAACUUCUUCAAGGACCACCAUAGAUGCUGUAACCAAGGAAAAGUCUCAAGGACAUCUUUUCCGGUCAGUGUUGAAGUGCAUACCAUAUCUGAUUGAAGAAGUUGGUCGAAGUGAUAAAAUCACUGAAAUAAUACCUCAGCAUGGCAUAAGUAUUGAUCCUGGUGUUCGUGAGGAAGCAGUACAGGUGCUAAAUCGGAUUGUAAGAUAUCUUCCCCACCGUCGCUUUGCAGUUAUGAAAGGGAUGGCCACCUUCAUCCUACGGCUUCCCGAUGAAUUCCCUCUUCUCAUCCAAACAUCAUUGGGACGUCUGUUGGAACUCAUGCGUUUUUGGAGAGCUUGUCUUAUUGAUGAUAGACUGGAGUAUGAUGCUCAAGAUGCAAAGAGUGUCAGGUAUGGAAAGCAGGAAGUCAAGAAGUCUUCUUUCCACCAAUCAGGAGAAGCAAUUGAGUUUCGCGCAUCAGAAAUAGAUGCAGUUGGUCUUAUCUUCCUUAGUUCUACUGAUAGCCAGAUUAGGCAUACAGCUCUAGAAUUAUUGCGCUGUGUUCGUGCUUUAAGGAAUGACGUUCGAGACCUAACGCUACGGGAGCAACCUGAUCAUAGUUUGAAAUAUGAAGCUGAACCAAUAUUUGUAAUUGAUGUCCUGGAAGAACAUGGGGAUGACAUUGUUCAGAGCUGCUUUUGGGAUUCUGGUCGUCCUUUUGAUAUGAGACGAGAAUCUGAUGCAAUUCCUCCUGAUGUGACACUUCAAUCUAUAAUAUUUGACAGCCCCGAUAAAAAUAGGUGGGCUCGGUGUCUAAGUGAGCUUGUCAAAUAUGCUGCUGAGCUUUGCCCAAGCUCUGUUCAAGAUGCAAAGUUGGAGGUUAUGCAACGCCUUGCUCAUAUCACACCUGUUGAGUUGGGUGGAAAGGCUCAUCCAUCACAAGAUGCAGACAACAAACUGGAUCAGUGGCUGAUGUAUGCAAUGUUCGUAUGUUCAUGUACACCAACAAAUAGAGAAGCUGGUGGCUUAGCAGCAACCAAAGAUCUUUGCCAUCUUAUUUUUCCCUCCUUAAAAUCUGGAUCUGAGGCGCACAUACAUGCAGCCAGCAUGGCUCUUGGCCACUCACAUCUUGAAGCUUGCGAAAUUAUGUUAGGUGAGCUUGCAUCUUUUGUUGAUGAGGUUUCUUUGGAGACAGAGGGAAAACCAAAAUGGAAGAGUCAAAAGGCACGCCGUGAAGAACUCCGCAUCCACAUUGGAAAUAUAUAUCGGACUGUUGCUGAGAAUAUCUGGCCUGGCAUGCUGGCGCGCAAGCCACUUUUCCGUCGCCAUUAUGUGAAGUUUAUUGAGGAGAUAACCAAGCAGAUCUUUUUAGCACCCCCUGAAAGUUUUCAAGAAAUGCAACCUCUCCGUUACACACUUGCUUCUGUUCUGAGAUCACUAGCCCCUGAAUUUGUUGAGUCAAAAUCAGAGAAAUUUGAUCUAAGAACUAGAAAACGACUAUUUGAUCUUCUUCUUUCAUGGUGUGAUGACACAGGCAGUACAUGGGGUCAGGAUGGUGUUAGUGAUUAUCGACGUGAAGUAGAACGCUACAAGUCUACUCAACAUGCUCGGUCUAAAGAUUCUGUAGACAAAAUAUCGUUUGAUAAAGAAUUGAGUGAACAGGUCGAGGCAAUUCAGUGGGCCUCGAUGAAUGCUAUGGCUUCCCUUUUAUAUGGGCCUUGCUUUGAUGACAAUGCAAGGAAAAUGAGUGGGCGGGUAAUAUCUUGGAUCAACAGUUUGUUCGUUGAGCCUACGCCUAGGGUUCCAUUUGGUUACUCGCCAGCUGAUCCAAGAACUCCAUCUUAUUCCAAAUACACGGGAGAAGGUGGUCGUGGAGCUGCUGGCCGCGACAGGCAUAGGGGUGGCCAUCAUCGUGUUCUGUUGGCAAAAUUGGCUCUAAAGAAUCUUCUACUUACGAAUCUGGACCUGUUUCCUGCUUGCAUAGAUCAGUGCUACCAUUCCGAUCCUGCUAUAGCUGAUGGUUACUUCAGUGUGCUGGCUGAGGUCUACAUGCGCCAAGAGAUACCGAAAUGUGAAAUCCAAAUACUCUUGAGCCUGAUCCUCUACAAGGUGGUGGACCCAUCAAGACAAAUUCGUGAUGAUGCCCUUCAGAUGCUUGAGACACUUUCUGUUCGUGAGUGGGCUGAGGAUGGUAUUGAGGGUUCAGGGAGCUAUCGAGCUGCUGUUGUUGGUAACCUGCCUGAUUCGUACCAACAAUUCCAAUACAAGCUCUCAUGCAAACUUGCCAAAGAUCACCCUGAGUUGAGCCAGCUCCUCUGGGAGGAAAUCAUGCAGAGGCAACUUGAUGCUGUUGAUAUAAUUGCACAACAUCAGGUCUUGACAUGCAUGGCUCCAUGGAUUGAGAACUUAAAUUUCUGGAAACUUAAGGACUCAGGUUGGAGCGAAAGAUUAUUAAAAAGCCUUUACUAUGUGACUUGGCGACAUGCAGACCAGUUCCCGGAUGAAAUUGAGAAAUUAUGGAGCACAAUUGCUAGCAAACCUAGGAAUAUUAGCCCUGUCUUAGAUUUCUUGAUCACAAAAGGGAUUGAAGAUUGUGAUUCAAAUGCAUCUGUUGAAAUAAGUGGUGCAUUAGCUACAUAUUUCUCAGUUGCUAAGCGUGUAAGUCUGUACUUAGCACGAAUAUGUCCUCAGCGCACAAUUGAUCACCUGGUAUUCCAAUUGGCUCAGCGUAUGCUGGAAGAUAGCAUUGAGCCAGUCGGGCUAGGUACAAACAAAGGUGAUGCAAAUGGAAAUUUUGUGUUGGAAUUCUCCCAGGGGCCUGCAGUGGCCCAAAUUGCAUCAGUUGUGGACAACCAGCCUCACAUGUCGCCAUUACUUGUCCGAGGCUCCCUUGACGGUCCACUUAGGAAUGCUAGUGGGAGCCUCAGCUGGCGAACAGCAGGUGUGACAGGACGAAGCGUCUCAGGCCCAUUAAGUCCAAUGCCUCCUGAGUUGAAUAUUAUUACUGUGAAUGCAAGCCGCUCAGGACAGCUCCUUCCUGCUUUGGUAAACAUGUCGGGGCCUUUGAUGGGGGUGAGAAGUUCAACAGGAAGUUUGCGGAGCCGCCAUGUUUCUAGGGACAGUGGAGACUACCUCAUUGAUACACCGAACUCUGGUGAAGAUGGGUUGCAUUCUGGGGUUGCUAUGCAUGGCGUUAGUGCUAAAGAACUUCAGUCAGCAUUGCAGGGUCAUCAGCAGCAUUCACUGACUCAUGCAGAUAUAGCAUUGAUUCUACUUGCAGAAAUUGCAUACGAGAAUGAUGAAGAUUUCCGUGAGCACUUGCCUCUGCUGUUUCAUGUCACAUUUGUUUCAAUGGAUAGUUCGGAAGACAUUGUACUAGAGCACUGCCAGCAUUUGCUUGUUAAUCUGUUAUACUCACUAGCAGGCCGGCACUUGGAGCUGUAUGAGGUAGAAAACAGUGACGGAGAGAAUAAGCAGCAGGUUGUGAGCCUUAUCAAGUAUGUCCAGUCAAAGCGAGGAAGCAUGAUGUGGGAGAAUGAGGAUCCCACGGUAGUGAGGACUGAGCUACCCAGUGCAGCGCUUCUGUCUGCGUUAGUUCAGAGCAUGGUGGAUGCUAUCUUCUUCCAAGGAGAUCUCCGUGAGACCUGGGGGGCUGAGUCACUCAAAUGGGCUAUGGAGUGCACAUCAAGACAUCUUGCCUGUCGCUCACACCAGAUCUAUCGUGCUUUGCGGCCUAGUGUUACUAGUGAUACAUGUGUAUCACUCCUCCGUUGUCUUCAUAGAUGCCUAGGAAAUCCAGUACCUCCAGUUUUGGGAUUUAUUAUGGAAAUUUUGUUGACAUUGCAAGUGAUGGUGGAAAACAUGGAGCCAGAAAAGGUGAUACUCUACCCCCAACUCUUUUGGGGUUGUGUAGCUAUGAUGCACACGGAUUUUGUCCAUGUCUACUGCCAGUUACUUGAGCUCUUCUCACGUGUGAUUGACCGUUUAUCGUUCCGGGACAGAACAACAGAAAAUGUGCUUCUUUCAAGCAUGCCUAGAGAUGAGCCUGAUAUAAAUGGUGAUAUAGCUGACUUCCAGCGGAUGGAAUCUAGGAGUGGCUAUGACCUGCCACCGUCCAUUGGGAAUCUGCCAACAUUUGAAGGGGUGCAGCCUCUUGUGCUUAAAGGACUCAUGUCGACUGUUAGUCAUGGUGUUUCUAUUGAGGUUCUCUCACGUAUUACAGUUCACUCUUGUGAUUCUAUAUUUGGGGAUCCAGAAACGAGACUCUUGAUGCACAUCAUAGGCUUGCUUCCUUGGCUCUCCUUGCAGCUUAGCAAGGAUCCAGUUGUGGGGCCUGCUUCACCACUUCAACAACAGUACCAAAAGGCCUGCUCUGUUGCAUCCAACAUCUCCAUUUGGUGUCGAGCAAAAUCCCUGGAUGAAUUAGCUGCCGUGUUUAUGGCGUACUCCCGUGGUGAGAUCAAAAGCGUUGAUAACCUCCUUGCUUGUGUCUCACCAUUGCUAUGCAAUGAGUGGUUUCCGAAGCACUCAGCUUUGGCUUUUGGGCACUUGUUACGGCUACUGGAGAAAGGGCCAAUCGAAUAUCAGAGAGUGAUACUGCUCAUGCUUAAGGCCUUGCUCCAGCUCACUCCCAUGGAUGCUGCACAAAGUCCACACAUGUACGCUGUUGUGUCCCAGUUGGUGGAGAGCACUUUGUGUUGGGAGGCACUGAGCGUGUUGGAAGCCCUUUUGCAGAGUUGUAGUUCACUGACAGGUUCUCACCCGCAAGAGCCUGGGUCAUUUGAGAAUGGGCUUGGUGUGCCUGAUGAGAAGAUGCUUGCCCCUCAGAGCUCGUUCAAGGCUCGCAGUGGGCCCCUGCAGUAUGGUAUUGGUUCAACAUUCACUGCAGGUCCAACACCAGCACAAGGGUGCUCAACGGAAUCGGAAAUGUCACCUAGAGAGGUGGCUUUGCAAAACACACGGCUGAUUCUAGGGCGGGUGCUUGACAGUUGUGCUCUAGGGAGGAGAAGAGAUUACAAAAAGCUGGUGCCUUUUGUAACCACUAUAGGGAAUCCGUAGUCUGCAGAGUCCUGUUUCUUGCAUUGUAUUUUUGGUGGAGCAAAGGGGAAAGUUUUAGGGUGAUGAAAUUGUAUAUAGUCAUCAUAAGAUGGUGGUUUUGUAGUUAGGCUUGUAAUAUGUUUGUUUAGUUCCAGUAUUUGUAGAUCCCUUACAGUAGUCACUGCUUGUAUCUCUUCAUCUAAUUUUGUAGUUGCAAUUGCUCUUGCUCUCAAUGCGAGUGAGAAUUCAUGCUACAACACUUUACUGCCUAUCAAUCUCUCUCUCUCUAUUUCA